UUCUCGACACUACCAAAACAAGAGCCUUUAGACAACUCCGAGAGCUUUGCACAUACAGGCCCUUGGUUGCAGUCUUAUGAGGCUAGUAGUGAUUCUCCUUUUUUCAAUGAAACUCCUAACUCCGACGCUGAUGUCUUUGUCUCUCCAUUAUCAAAUUCUGCAAUCGAUACUCACAGUGCCAUUCGAUUUGGCGGUGACGUAGACGCUGAUAUUGACGAGGACCAAUAUGAAGAUGCUAGGAGUGAAGUUCUGUCUGGCUCUUUUAGUUGUACUAAUGAUUGUUUCGACCCGUUUGAACCUACUUCAUCUCCUUCACGGCCAGUUUUCGCUUAUGAAGAUGAUUCAGAUAGACAGGAGGAUGAUAAAACCAAUAGUCGUUUAGAAGAUGCCAAUGACCUGUAUGCCUCGUCUGCCAGUGAAGAUUCAUACAGACUUUUUGAAAGUCCAUCUUCAAAAAUGGACCAAGGCGAUCAAUUACUGGAGUUCCCCGAUAAGGACCUCCGGUUACCUUUGCGCGCAGCUUCCGCACAUUUGCUUCGUUCAGACUUGCCCUGCUUAGCAGCAACGACGUUAUAUCACGGUAAAAACAGUCGACCUGGCUCUGGUUCUGCCUCCGGAUCACGGUUUAUAGGUCGGCAUAGUUCAAUUCAAAUUGAGCAGGCUGGUCUGACGUCCGGAUAUUCUCCUCCCCUUGAUAUCGAUUCUCCUACAGUUUUGGCUGAGCUACCCAGACUAAUGCAAGUAGCCCGGAUAUGUGACGGCUCGUCAGAAUCUAUUCUCCGAAAAGAUGGCGAAACGGAUCAAUUUAUCAAUUGCCAAUUGCAGCUUUAA